GCGCGCUACACGGGACUUUCAUUAUGUCGUGGCGACGAUAGAGGGCCUCGGGCCCCGGACAUUCGACGAUCGGCCAGUGAAGGGAACGGAUCGUCGUCGCGAGCCGCGUAAUACCGGAGAAAAUAAAACGAGAGAGUUUAAAAAAAUGUCGUCAAAAAUAUCGUAAUCGAUUUGUUUACUUCCUGUAAGGGCUCGUAUUCAAAAGUUCGUUUGAAAAAUUUAUUUUACCAAAAAAAGAAAAAAAAAAGAAGAAAAAAAAAAAAAAGAAAGAAAAACGAAACAAAACAAAAACAAACAAAAAAAAAAGAAAAAGGAAAAACGAGAGAACCCCGAAUCUUCGUUCGUAUAAUAAUAACGUUUGGAAAAGACCCGCGCUUUCGCUCGAAUUAGAGCGUACAGGGUGUACGCGAUACGCUCGAGAUAGAAGAAAAGGGAAACGGUGAAGUUGAGUAGACGAGAGGAUCAUGAGUGCGGCUCAACAAGUAGUCGUUUUCUAAUCGAUUCAUUGACAGAUGGUGUCCAACUUCAAAGGAAAUAAUCUUUGUUAUUAGUCGGCCUGCCAUGAGAAAAGCUCGUGGAGAACGAGAACGGCGAUUUCGAUGUCUGGUGAAGGAGAUUUUUGAGAGUUUCGUAAUUGUGCGAUGAAAUGAAAGUGAUUUGAGACGGAGAGAAACAAGUGAAAAAAAAGAGUAAGAGAGAGAGAGAGAGAGAGUGAGAGAAAGAGUGUGUGUGUGAGAGAGAGAGAGAGAGAGAGAGAAAUAGAGAAAGAAAAAAAAAAAGAGAAGAAAAAAGAAAGGAAAAAGUAUCAUAGAAUCGUUUCGAACAUCCUUCGACUUCGAGCCUAUCCUGCUACGUCAUCGAGACAUUUUCAAGUCUCUUGGUACGCCACUGGCUCAGAAACCUCUCGUGAAAGUUUUCCGUGCUACCCGUGAUACUACCGAGUGCUCCCCAAGAGUUCCAAGACCGAUCAUCGUGAGUCCUGAUUUGUUCGUUAACACGUUUGAGGCCGGUGCCAAUCGUCAAUGCGAUCCUGCAAACUCCUCGACGCUAGAGAAGAAUGAUCUUGGCGUUCGAGAUCCUUUUACCCCUCGUGGGAAUAAUAGUCGCGGCUCAAGGAUUGAAGUGCGGUCAUCCUGCUGUGCCGAUGAACGCCAAAGUGUCACUGUCCGACGAAUCCUCGACAGUAGGCACCAUAGCGAAAUACACUUGUGAUGCUGGAUACGAAUUAUUCGGCACUAAUACGCUUACGUGCGGCAGCCGAGGAAAAUGGCAAGGCGAUUUACCGUUUUGCGGUACGAAUGUAGCUUAUCGAAAGCCAGCGAAUCAAUCUACCACAGUAAGAGGAGGAAACGCGGGACACGGAAAUGACGGUGAUCUUAGUACCGAACACGAUGGCAAGAGAUGUACAGAGACCUUGAGCGAACAUAGUCCUUGGUGGAGGGUCGAUCUACUUAAACCUUAUUCCGUUAAAGUGGUCAGAGUCACGACGAGAGGUUGUUGCGGUCAUCAACCUCUUCAGGAUAUCGAGAUACGAGUUGGUAAUAGCAGCACGGAGUUACAACGGAAUCCUCUUUGCGCUUGGUUUCCCGGUACUAUCGAGGAGGGUAUUACGAAGACGUUUGUAUGUGCCAGAGCUUUGGUCGGUCAAUACGUCUUCCUACAACUUGUCGGAGUGGAAGGAAGCUUGAGCCUUUGCGAAGUCGAAGUUUUUGCAACUGACGAAUUUUCGAUCGACAGGUGCGCCAGUGCCGGAACACCUGCCGACGCCGAUCUUGCAGCAUUUAAUUCAACCUGUUACGAAUUCGUGGUAAAAAAAGGUGGAUCCUUUCAAGAAGCCAGAACCUAUUGUCGAGCACGUGGUGGUGAUUUGGUUCAUGGUUUUCAGGGCGUCUCGCCGAUAUUCAUUCUAAACAACUUAGAAAGGCGAAAAGACAAGUUGAAGACACAAUUGGUAUGGAUAGGAGCACAGAAAGAACCAUUGAUAACAGCUAGAACUUGGCGAUGGGUUGACGGCGAAGUCGUGCAGAGACCGUCUUGGGGAAAGGAUCAACCGAAUAAUUACAACGGUGAGCAAAACUGCGUUGUGCUGGACGGCGGUCGUGGUUGGCUUUGGAAUGACGUUGGUUGUAACCUUGACUACCUUCACUGGAUCUGUCAAAGCAGGCCGCCACUUUGCGGUAGUCCAGAAAAAUUAGAAAAUACGACGAUAAUUGGUACGAAAAGAGUAAUAGGAUCGACGAUAGAAUACACUUGUCCCGAGGGUCAUAUGCUGAUUGGCUCGAAAACACGUACUUGCGAAUCUAGCGGAUUUUGGAGCGACGCACCUCCGACCUGCAAAUUCGUCGACUGUGGCCCCUUACCCGAGCUGGACAACGGAGUGAUCACGUUAUUAGAAAGCAGAACGACGCAUGGUGCAUUGGCCGAUUAUGCUUGUAACGAGAAUUAUACGCUCGUGGGUGACACGAGACGAAGAUGUGGUGACGGGGGUAUUUGGAGCGGACAUAAACCACAGUGUCUGUUCGAUUGGUGUCCAGAACCGCCAGAGGUGAAUGGUGGAUUGGUCGCGUUAACCGGAAGAAGAGCUGGCUCAACGGCAAGUUAUUCCUGUCAAAAUGGAUUUAUCUUAUUUGGUGACAACGUUCUAAAUUGUGACAUUGGAGGUGAAUGGUCUGGCAAGGCUCCUCAAUGUCGUUUCGUCGAUUGCGGAACACCCGCACAAAUUGAAUUUGGUACUAUCACUCUUCUCAAUGGUACUACCACCGUCGGAAGUUUAGGGGUUUAUGCCUGUCAGGAUGAUUAUUGGUUGGUCGGUGAAGGAAAACAGGAAUGUACUAAGGAAGGAAAGUGGAGUCAUGAUACGCCAUCCUGCGAAUUGAUAACGUGCGAGGAACCGGAAGUACCAAGUGGAAGUUACGUCAUCGGUUACGAUCUAAACGUUCACAGCGUGAUAGAGUACCAUUGCGAGACCGGAUAUCUCCUUCAUGGAGAAGCAACGCAUACUUGUGGAAAGGAUGGCGAAUGGACUGGAGACGUACCUACUUGCGAAUAUAUAGACUGUGCCAAGGUUCUACCUGUAUUGAACGGUGCUGUGGAAUACGUUAAUGGUACGACUCACCUUGGAAGUGAAAUAACUUAUGGUUGCACCAAAAACUAUCGAUUGAACGGCGUUUCUAGAAGAUAUUGCUUGGACAAUGGACAAUGGAGCGAUGCCACGCCAAAGUGCGAAGAAAUUCGAUGUCCCGAGCCAAUUUUAGCGGAGCAUGGUAUUCUUUCGGUUACCGGAAACGAUCGAAUGUAUGGAAGAACAUUGAUACGUACUGGGACAGCUGAAAAUUCAAAUACCGGGGCGACUUCUUACAAGAUCGGUGCAUUGGCUAAAUACAGAUGUGAAAGAGGUUACAAGGUUGUCGGAGAACCACUGUCAACCUGCGAGGAUAAUGGAAAGUGGAGUGGCGAGGUGCCACAAUGCGUCUACGUCGAUUGUGGAAAACCUGAACAAAUACAACAUGGCCGUUACACAUUAACAUCGAACGCUACGUAUUAUGGCGCUGCGGCACUUUACGAAUGCGACGGAAACUUCGAAUUGGAUGGUUUCGCUAGAAGAUUAUGUUUAGAAAAUGCCACUUGGAGCGGUAAUACACCCGUUUGCCGAGAAAUCAGAUGUAGAGAUCCAGAAAAGGAUGGUGUCCUAUCGACUCAAGUAUCAACUCAUAGCGUCGGCGGUGUUGCUCAUUAUAGUUGUCCAAAAGGUUUCUAUAUGGAAGGCAACGAAACAAGAUUUUGUUUGCAAAAUGGUACCUGGAGCGACACAACGCCCGCUUGCUUUUCUAUCGAUUGUAAACAUCCAGGACCGAUAGAAAACGGAAGAGUGAUAGUAGUAAAUGGUUCCACUACUUACGGAGGUGCAGCUGAGUAUCACUGUCUUCCACAAUUCGAACGAGUGGGACCUUUCCUCAGGAAAUGUUUGGACACGGGUUAUUGGAGCGGAGACGAACCUAAAUGCGAGCUAAUGACGAACGAAGUUGCCGAAGCUCAAGGAGUUGGUACGAGCGUUGGUAUAGGAGCUGCGGUUAUCAUCUUCAUCCUGAUCAUCCUAGGAUUGGUAUACUUAAGACUACGAAAAGCUACACCCGUGAAGAACACAGAAAAUGUUCAAGCGGCUGAAAGGAAGGAAGAUCAAAACGCAGCCGUUAUGUCUUACGCGACCUUGAACGAUGGGACGCCUAGUACGAUGUACGAAAAUGUACCGGAGGACGGUCUUUAUGAUAAUCCGUAUAGCAUAAGCGGCAGUAUGUACGGAUACGGAAAUACCCGAAGAGUGUACGGUAGAACGGGUCAUUACGAGGCUGAACCAAUAUCGAAUAGAAACGGCAUUACGAUCAAUGGCGUCUCCGUACGAUAGUUUACGUGAAACAACACCCUCCUGUAUAUUUUCUUUUCUUCUUUUUCUUUUUUUCUUUUCUUUUCUUUCUCUUUUCAUUUCCGAAGAAAAAUCUCUCCUCUUGAUGAUGCUUUUUCUUCAUUUUAUUGCGUACAUAUACGCAAUGAUAUUUCAAGGUUACGACCUUAUAUGUACAGGAUUUCAGAAUUUGGUACGUGAUAGGGUACCCAAUUCGCCUUCGCAUUAUUUAUAUUAUCGCAAUUCGAUAUCAAGUCGAUACGUGUAAAUAAACAGUGAGUUUAGUUUAAGAGACAUUAAUUCGAUGAUUUUGAAUUCCAUACGAUGAUUGAUAAGAACGAUACGAUUAUGAAUAUGUUUCAUAUCAUUUUUUUUCUUUUUUUUUUUUUUUUUAGUGCAUAUAUAUUUUCUUGUUUAUAGAAAAAAAUUUUUUAAAGUAAAAAAAAAAAAAUAAUAGUAAUAAUAAUGAUAAUAAUGAUAAUAACGAUGAACGUCGAACGUGUGUCCGAAAUUUGUUUGAACGUUCGAAGAAAUAAGAAAAAAGCCAGAAAAAAAAAAAAAAGUGAAAUCGAUCGUUCGUUCGACUACUUUCGAAGCAUCGAUUACGUACUUACAUUUGUAUGAUUCUGUAUAUAAAAUUGUUCCAAUUAUAUAGAAUUCAUUGUUCUUAUAGAAUUUAAGCUACACGUUGUAGUAUAAAUAUAUCUAUACGUACGUCGAGAUUA